AUGGAAGCCCAGGAAGCUGUGCAAUGCAAGCCUAGCCCGGAUUACAUUGUGCAGCUUCAGUGCGACAACGCGCGAGUUUUAUUCAGGAGGAAGUAUUCGUACAACUUCGGGAAGGUCAAUGUCUGGGCGCUCCGCUGCUCGUCAGCUGGACUCCGCGCCUUCGUGUCUCUCACGCCUCUGUCCUUCCAAGCUCCGCUGCUUCGUCUUCACAGCCGCAUAGCGAGUAAACUUCCAGUAUUAGGACACUAUCUACCAAUGCUACGCUCUCGCCACAGCACACCUAGGCAAGUCGCCAAGGUGGAUUGGCACGGCAGAGUUCUCUAUUCCAAUGGAUCACCUGUCCUAGUGUCUACCAACUUGGCCCAGUCCCGCCAGGCCGCAGACACGAUGCGCACUUCGUCUCGUUCUCGGCGCAAGUUCUGGAGGGCUGGCCUGGGGUUCCGUCCAUUCAAGGUGCCCUUGGCUCUAUUUCUGGUGCUCUUGGCCUUUAUGUAUUUGCUCUGGAAGCUGCGCUCCGGACCUCGCCAGACCACGGGGGUCUCUCUAGACACUGAGCUAACGCCAGAAGAUAUAUGGGCCAAGUCACUAAUUUCCAGCGCACAGCAAGACGACCAAGACGUUCCGCACUUAAUCCCAGUUCCCCGUGUCGAUCGUGAAGUUCUCCAACGACUGGCAGAAGCACAUAAAGAAGACGAAAUGGACCACCGGCCCACAUCAAGAUACCCGCAAGGUGUCCGUGCUGAACAGCACCGCUGGCCGCCGAUGGUCACCGCUCUGCCCGAAACGCACUCAGGCUCCCGCAAACUCAAGUCUUCGCUCCAAUCGCCCGCGUACACCACCGAACAAAUUGACCGCCAGUUCUGCAAUCGCGCUCCGUGCCGCCUCCUGCUCCCGCUCCUCAUCGCGGAGCACGAGCCACACGCGCAGGCACACGUCACGCAGCUGCUUGCGCUCGCACACGCGCUCAAUCGCACGCUCGUCCUCCCGAACGUCGGCCGUGGACGAGUCGGGACAUGCUUCCGGUGGGACUUCGGCGUGUACUUCGACAUCGCCAGCGCGGUGCGCUUGGGCGGAGGUCGCGUAAUGACGAUGGACGACUUCCGGACCUGGGUGGACAUGCGUCCGCAAGCGGCGACAGGCCAGAUCAUAUACGUCGACGAGAAAACCACUCAGGAUGCGACAAUUAAUGACACCUUGCGUGUGGAAGUGGGCAUAGACGCCGGCAUGCAAGACCGUCGGGCGAAGAGCGGACAGUGCCUCAAGUCUCGAUUCCGACGGCUGGACCUGAGCUCUCAGCAACCUGUGUCUGUGCAUCUGGCUCCCGUCGACGUCUGGCGCACUCUAGACAACAACGAGACGGUUGUAUCUGCUCUGGCUGAUGAACUGUCUGCGAUGCUCGCCUCUCCGAAGGCGCCGGUUGAGAGCCUCCUCGACCUGCAACAGGAUUCUCUGAUCCAGCUUGACCCUGAUUCGGACAGUGGCGCAGACGUUCUCCUAAUACACUGGGACGUGCAUGGUCUGCAAGCGUUUUCGGCACCUCAAGCACCGAUAGGGUAUUCUUCUAAGCUCUGGUCUCUCGCGCAAAGGAUGACGUCGACGACUCCUUACCUCGCCGUCACCUGGAACAAUGAAAAGCUUCUUUCCACAACGUUUACUGAAUGCGCGCACGCGCUGGUCAAUACACUUAGCAUGCUGCUCCACAAUGCCACAACAGCACAGGGAAUCGAAACAAUAUGGCUGUUAGCGGACAAUCUCACGUUCGUACCCAGUCUGGAAGGCUAUGGAAGUCUGGCAGACAUGUCUAGUGAACAUCGACAGGCAAUGGAAGUUCUGCGGACCGCCUUUGCUCCUAACGGCGAGCUCGCGAAGUGGAAACUCACGAGCUCACAGCGGGAGCUUGCAAGCAUCAGCGCGAGUGGUGUGGAUGUUGACGAGCAAGGCAUAUUGGAGGAUUCAGGUGUGACGGAUAUCUUGAACACAAUGCUCGCCAUGAAGUCUUCGCUUUUCGUUGAUGCAGGGGGUGAUUGCGGAGAUUCAAGGUGA